AAACGCAAUUGCAUAAAUUGUGUACGUUACAAAAUUAUAAGUAAUGAUAAGUUCACGCUAUUAUAGUGCAUCUCGUCUCGGAACAGAUGCCAAACCUCGUACUGCAAUCGUAGUGGAUGAUGACGAUGAACUUUAUACUGGUUUCAAUGAAGUGGCUCCCGCCUUGGACACGCGUAACCUGCGUGAAGAUCAAGCUUUUCAAGAGACUCUCAAAACCGCUGGCAUAGGAAGAAAAGUACCAAGUCGCAUGGGAACUGGGAUGUUUCGUGUGGGCACGGUGAGCAUGCGCGGUGGCAGCUCGCGCGCAGGCACGGCUGCAGCCCGGCCCGUGACCGCCGUCCGCGCCGCAGGAUACACCUCCACAGCCAGAGACACGCCCAGUAGGGAGGAUAAAAAGGAGGAUAGUGUGGAGGACAGGAUCAAGCAGGUGGAAGCAAAAAUAAUGACGCUUGUAGAGGAGUCAUGCAUGCUGAGUGUCCGACCCGAUCCUGAUGAUGACUCCAAUAUCAAACGAGACUUUGAUUUGGGACAAGCACUGGCAAAAGCCCAGGAAGCUUCGACUUUAGAGCGUCAGUUGAUUAGAAUGCAAGAGCAAGCCAACCUUGGUGACACGCAUAACUUGGACCUCACGUUUGCUGUCCUGUGCAAUUUAGCCGGACAGUAUGCAUUAAAUGAAAUGUACACAGAAGCUUUGAACACUUAUCAAUUACUUACCAGAAAUAAGUUGUUUCCUCAUGCCAACCGACUCAAGGUCAACAUGGGUAACAUUUAUUUCAAAAUGGGUGAACAUCCGAAAGCUUUGAAAUUGUACAGAAUGGCUCUCGACCAAACGCCAACAGCGGAAAAAGAUUUAAGAAUGAAAGUGAUGCACAACAUCGGUCUACUUCUUGUUCGCAUGGGGAAAUUUCGUGAUGCUGUCACCAAUUUUCAGCAUAUUAUGCACGAACAAGGAGAUUUCCAAACAGGUCUGCACCUUGUACUGUGUUCGGCCGCACUGAAUGAUGCUGAGGGCGGCAAAGCAGCGUUCCAUGCCAUGCUCGAUGUAGAACCUCCUAGUUAUCACCAAGACAUCACUAUAGAUGAAGAGAACGACGCGUACGAGUGCGUGGUGCGCGACGUGGUGCGCGGCGACCGCCUGUCGCGGUGGUCGCGGCGCGCCGCCGCCGACGCGGAGCGCAGCCUCGCGCUCGCCGCCGCCGCGCUCGUGCGGCCCGCCUCCCGCGACGACGACUCGGGCGGUAUGUCGUGGUGCGUGGAGGCAUUGCGCGGCUACAGCGGUGGCGGGGCCGGCGCACGGCUGGAACUAGGCGGAGCGCUGGCAGCGCUGCGUGCAGCGCGGGCGCCCGUGGCUACCGCCGGCCUGCGAGCGCUGCAGCGGCUGAAGGCAGUAGCGCGCGCGCACCCCAACGACCGCGUGCUUCGAGCAGAGGCCAACGCUGACGCAGCCUUCGUCGCUUAUGCACUAGGGAACUGGUCAGAGGCGCGUGCGCUGGGCGAGGCGGCGUCCCGAGACGACCCGUACUCGUGCGCGGCGCGCGUCACCGCCGCGCUGGCGGCCGCGAGGGCCGCGGGGGCGGACGCACUCACUCGCGGGGGCGGGCCGGGGGCGGGGGGAGGGGGCGGCCGGGCCUGGGCCCACGCAGCCCAGGAACUGGCCGCCGCCACGCAUCUCGACCCUGCUGACCUCGUAGCCAUGCAUGACUUAGCGUUAGCACUAGAGAAAAGCGAGUCCGAGGAUAGCGUGACGGCGGCGGAGGCGCGGUGGUCGCGGCUGCGGAGCUCUGCGGGGGCGGCGGGCGGCGCGGGCGGGGGCGCUGCGGGGGCGGCGGGCGGCGCGGGCGGGGGGUGUCUGCGCUCGCUGGCGGCCGCGGCGCUCGCGCGGCUCGCACGCGCGCGCCCGGCCGACCCCGCCGCCGCCGACCACUGGUACAGCAUGAUUGGCAACUGGGAUGUCGGUGUCACAUGUGCGCUCGCGGAACUGCACAGUGAAAUGGGUGAUACUCAAACUGCCAAACACCACUAUCAAGAUGUGGAGGCGGUGUGGCCGUGCGAGGUGUCCGCACUGGAGUGGUUGGCGGCAGACGCGCCGCCCGACCGCGCGCUCUCAUACUACGCGCGCGCCGCCCGUCUGCAACCCACCAAUCCACGGUGGGGUUUGCUGAUGGGCGGGUGUUUGCGUGGUAGCGGACGUUACCAAGAGGCGCUCGCUCUCUAUAAGAAAAUGAAUGCCAGGUUUCCUGACAACGUUCAAUGUUUAAAACUGAUAGUAAAAUUGUGCGGCGACCAAGGGCUGUCAGAAACGAAUGCCUGGACUCGUGAGCUGCAACGUGCUCAGGCUAGGAUCAAACAAAUUGAGCGCGUUGCAGUAGCAUCCGCAGGCAGUGGCUCAUCCGGUGCCAGCCAGUCGCCUAUAGCAGACCAAAUUCGAAGCACUACAAUAGGUUCUCGCGGGGGGAGCGGCGCGCGGCGACCUAGUGCCAGCGAUGGGCGAGUCGACAGCGCCCUCACACGGAAUACAUUUUCUGGUGACGGUACACUGCAACACAGCACAACAUCGACGAGCCAAUCGUAUCACCGCGGUGAAAGUAGGAGGAAAACCGUGGAAGAAUACGAUGAUCUACCUCUGCCACCGGAAUAACACUAAUUUUAUUAUAUAUUAGAGGAAAUAAGUUGUUUUUAAAUACUUUUUAUGAAUAAAAUAAUAGUCCAGAAAACAGAAUAUUUGUUUUAAUUCAACCACUGAUUUUUUCCCUAAUCGUUACUUACAUGUAAAAUAAAUAUUACACUAUGAUAUGUUUUCUGACAGUGAUAAUCGCUGAUAUCAAAAACAACUAUCACAAUGAACAAUAUUAUUUAUAAAUACUACAAUUAUAUUACAUGCUUAGACUAGAAAAACUUAAUACAGUAAAGUAGGCCAAAUUAUGUCCUCUUAGAGCCAUUCUCUAAAUCUCAUACAAGUAAAAAAUAAAAUAUAGCAAACUAAUAUGUACAAAUAAUAAUAAUUUGUACAUAUUAUAAAUUGUUGUUAUUAGAGAGUGCUACAACAAUGCAAACACUAUUUUUUAUAUCAUGGUAACUAAUCGUAUGAUAUUAUUACAAUAACCAAACCAUUAAAACUCUGUCUAGAAAGGCAUAUAUUAACGAUAUAGAUAGUAGUAAGUUCAAAUUAUAUAGCAUAACUUUAAACUAAUUUCGAGUUAGGAUCACAUACCGAUCUCAUCAAUGAAUUACAACCUGUGAUGAUUGGAAUGUAUUUGUAUACACUUUUUAUGCAUGUUUAAAUAAAACAUUUACCUAUAUGCUUGUCUUAUUAACGUUAAAUACGUAUACAACUUGAAAUUUUCUCUUCCUUAUGUAAAUUUAUUUUAAUAAGAAUAUAUAUUAUUAGAAUUA